GUCAGGGUCAGAUGUAAUUCUAAUUAAAUGUUCAGGUUGUUUUGUGAGAAAAUCUAAAAAUGUUAAGGGCUAAGAAAACAUUUGAAAGCCACCACAUGCCGUCAUUUAGCCCUGACAGCACAUAAAUUGAUAUUUUUAGGUAAAUUCUAAUGGGAAUAACAUUUCCGUUUAACCACAUCAAACAUUGUGCUUGUACCUCCUCUGCAGCUGGAGGCUGAGGCUGUGUUUCGGGCAGUAACCAUCGCAAGCCAAACCAACUGUCCACUCUACGUAACCCGAGUCAUGAGCAAGAGUGCCGCGGACAUCAUCUCACAGGCCCGAAAAAAAGGAAAUGUGGUGUUUGGGGAGCCAAUCACAGCCAGUCUGGGGACAGAUGGGACACAUUACUGGAGCAAGAACUGGGCCAAAGCUGCUUCUUUUGUUACAUCCCCUCCUCUCAGCCCUGAUCCCACAACUCCAGACUACCUGAACACACUGCUGGCAAGCGGAGACCUCAGUGUGACUGGCAGCGCUCACUGUACCUUCAGCGUGGCGCAGAAGGCCAUCGGCAAGGACGACUUCACCCAGAUCCCAGAAGGCGUAAACGGAGUGGAGGAAAGGAUGGUGCUCAUCUGGGAUAAGGCUGUGACUACAGGGAAGAUGGAUGAGAACAUGUUUGUGGCCGUGACCAGCACUAACGCCGCUAAGAUCCUGAACCUUUACCCCCGGAAGGGUCGGAUCGCCGUGGGUUCUGAUGCCGACCUCGUCAUCUGGGACACAGACGCUGUUCGCACUAUCACUGCCAAGACUCACAACUCGGUAUGUAUACAGGUCGAAGCUGUGUUUGCUCUUGUUCCAGGUUCUAAACAAAUGGAUCCAUCCAGAUUCUGGAUUUUUUUUUCUCCUGCUUUUCAGUUAACCAUGUUUUUAAGGGAGUAUGUUCAAAAAGUGUAACUGAUUUAUUUCAACAAGUUCCCUGAAAAAUGUGAACUCUUGCAGAGACAAAAAUGAAAAUAACCAAACACAGAAACAUCAGAUCUGUGGUUUCAGAGGCUGAGAAAUUUGGAUAAAAGACCAGCUUUUUUAUGUGACAUUUGUCUACAUCUGUGUGUGCAGGAGAGAAUGUUCGGGAGAGAAAAGCACAUUUUUGAACAGAUUCCAGGGAGCUCUCAGUUCCCCUGAACGGAAAUGAAGUCUCAGUGGAUGUUCAUGACUAAUUCCACUCACACUGAACUUGUCACGUGAUCAGCUUUUAGUGUAAAGUCAAGCCUCAGUAAAUCCAAAACGGCUCAGCCGUGACAGACUAACGACUGAAAAAAUGGAUUGUUUAAAUGCAUGUUCCAAAAUCUCUUCUGUGGGUGAACAUCAGUAAUAUGGUGCAUAUUUCACCCAGGGAUUUUUUCUUCAGCUAGAUCUUCUAAUCUCACUGGAUCAUCAAAAUAAGCUAACAU